AUGUCGUCCUCGUCCAGAUACCGAGAUUCUGGCAAUCCUGAUUGCAAAAUAUAUGUUGGCGAUUUAGGAUCAACUGCAUCUAAACAAGAUCUGGAAGACGCAUUUUCCUAUUAUGGGUCCAUUCGUAAUGUUUGGGUUGCACGUAAUCCUCCUGGUUUCGCUUUUGUCGAAUUUGAAGAUCCUAGAGAUGCUGAAGACGCAGUUAGAGGCUUGGAUGGCAGGUAACAAGGAUAUUCAACAUAGCUAUACAAUUAUUAUGUUUUGCAUAUUAAAAUGCAAUAUUAUAUUAGCUCAUGAUACUCAAAUGAUGUUUAUAUUGUAUUUUAGGAGUAUUUGUGGAAGAAGAGUCAGAGUUGAACUGUCAAAUGCUGGAUCGCGCAAAGGUACUUAUCGUGGAGGCCCUCCUCGCCGUGGUCGUCCAUUCCACCCAGAAGAUAAAUGUUAUGAAUGUGGUGAUCGAGGACAUUAUGCCCGUGAUUGUCGACGUUUUAAAGGAGGACGGCGCAGGUAAAUAAAUUAUUAAUUUGACUUUAUUUCUUCUUUGGCUUCACUUAUUUAAAUAAUAUGUUUUAUUUCUGAGGUGAAGUCUUAUUUAUUUAUUUUUUUUUUAAAUUACGACUGUAAUUUUAUUAUAUAAUGUAGAUCAUUGACACAACCAUUGAAUAAUGGAAAUGUAAAAAAUGACUAUAAUUGGCCAUUUUUGUAGGAUGUUCGGCUGAGAGCGUCUCGUCUCGUAGUGUCGAUCGUCGUAGAGCUCUCAACCAAAAUAAAAUAUAUUGAUCUUCUACUACGAGCAAUGUGUGUUAGUCGUCGGACUAUGGCGCAACUAUCUGUCUGUCUGCGUUUAUCGAUGUACUCAGCUACACUAGAACCCCAUCGAACCCAACCACCAACCUAAUGAUUUUUAUUCUGAUUAGCUCUAAUUAGCUAUCGGUGAACGUACACAGAAAGAGUUAUAGAUAAUAUCUACAUAACGCCAUUGACUGUCUACGUAGCAUUACAUCAGUGUCAUUUUAUGAGACUGUUGAACUUCAUUUUUAUGUGAGUCUUUAAAAUCACAAGAGCAGGUUGGAUUAUAUUGAUUGGUUGGGGUAAACGUUGUAUUUAUUUUAUUUUACUAAAUACUGCCUUCUUUAAAUUUCUCAAAUAAAUAUUAAUGCCUACUUUAUUUUAAUAAUUUCUUCUUUAAUAAUCAACGCUUUUCUACUUUUCAUAUGUUCUAAGAACACAUGAUAUUAUUUUUAAUAUUAUUUGUUAUGUUAUUAAAUGUUAAUAAUAAAAAUAAUACUAUGAUUGAAAUUAAAAAUUUAUUAAAGUAAAAAAUAUUUUUUCAUAAGUUCAAAUUUUAUAAAAUUAAUUAGUAAUUAUUAAAACAAAAGUAAUUUUGUAGUUGUCGUUACACAUGUAAUGAUACUUUUUCUAAAUUAAUACUCACACAAAUAUUCGUUUUUGUUUUUCAGCUAUCUAUAUUAAAUCUGGUAUGAUAUUUUAAAAAAAUGUAUUUUAAUAUGAUGAGGUGAAUACAUCUUUAAUUAUUCAAUCAUAUGAAAAAUUAUUAUUUAUGUCAUAUUUUAUAGUUCUCGGAAACAUUCGAAAUAAAUAAAUAAUUUAAUUUUAAUUUGCAGAUCAUUUUAAAGAAAUUGGGGACAAAGGGACUAUUUUAUUUAUUCUUUGAAAUUAAUUUGUUAAUCAUUUAACUAUGGUUAACAAAGAAAGUAGGUUUAUUUUGUUAAAGUUUUACUUGUAAAAAAAAAAAAAAAAAAACUAAUCAACAAUAUAAUAUUCAUUCAGUUCAAAUAAGUACUUAAAAUAUUUGAAAACAAUAUAAAAUAUUAAAUUAAAAUGUUAAUAGUUAUUGUUCUAUGCCAAUAGUCAUUUGACAUUUAAAAUUGAAUACAAACAUGCAAAAUUAUAAAUUAACACAUUAACACAGUUUAAUAUUUUAAAUUGUUUUGCAAUUCAAAUUUGUGUUACUAAUCUCGUUAAUUUUUAGACUGUUCCAUAGACACAAAUAAUGCACAAACCUAAAGGGUCUCUAGUUGUGUGCAUUAAUUAUAGGAUUAUAGGAGUUAUGAUAACAUUGAUUUAUGCUUUAGGUUUUGUGAUACUACACAAUGUUGUAAUUUUAUCGAUCUUAUAUUUCUUAUAUAUUUGUUUUUAUAUUUUAUAUCUAAUCACAAUUGAUUUAUUAAUACUAUGCAAUCACAUUGUAGACAAAAAAAAAAAGAAGCAUUUUUGUUAAUUUUGAUAUUUUAUUAUUGUAUACACUAUUGUAACCAGAUGGUGUAAAUUACUAAUUUUUGAUUAUAAUUUGAACACAAUAAAUAAGACUCGCUACUUUUUUAAUUAAAGUUAAGUAUACUAGUAUAUAUUUUCGCUUUCAACUAAAAAUGAUUCAUUUUCUUAAUACUUUUUAUUUUUAUAUCAAAUACACUCAGUGUUUACACUUUUAACCACACGUUUCAAAACAUUUUAUUAACAUUUAAUUUUCAUACCAAAUAUAAUUAUUAAUUUUAAUACUAAAUCUUAAUCUAAUUAAAAUAGCUGUGAACAAUUGUUAGUAGAAAGUCAAAAUAAUUAUUAAAAAGAAAAAUCUUAAGAAUGAAAGUAUUCUAAAUUUUUUAUAGGAUAUUAAAAUUCAGUUUUAAUUAUUUCAUUUUUUCUUUUCUAAAAAUAUUUUCUUUUUAAUAAAUAAUUUUUAGGAAAUAUGUUACUAAAAACUUGGGGUUUCAUCUAUAUUUACACACAACUAAAUAUAAUACAUUAUGUAAUGGUUGGUUGUUGCUAAUAAUAUUAUUUGUAUUGUAUAAAAGGUCGUACACUCCUUCUCGGUCUCGUUCUCGUUCUCGUUCAUACAGCCGCAGCCGUCGUUCUCGUUCUGGUUCAAGAUCAGUGUCACGCUCUCGUUCAAGAUCCGCGGUCCGUUCAAGAUCUGGUCGUUCGAUUUCUAAGUCAAGAUCUCGUAGUAGAUAA